AUGCCACUAAAGAGUUCAGCUGAAGUAUUAUUUCUGGUAUUGAAAUGUGAGGGUUGUCAAGGCGGCUCCCUUAAGCGUGAGCCGCAUGCGAGUGCGGUCGUCUGCUACGCAAAAACCGCCACUAGCUUCCGACGGUCAAACGUCAGUUUUGCUUGCACGUCGGGUGUGCGGCGCGGGGCGAGGCAAAGUGGACCGUGUAUGUUGGUACCGAAGGGCGGUUUUCGCCUGCUAGCAGCGGUCGCCGUCGGGCGGCGUAGUCAGGCGAGGCAAAGUGGGCCGUGUGUUUUGGUACCGAGCGGCGGCUUUCGCCUGCUAGCAGCGGUCGCAGCCGGGCAGCGUGGUCUGGCGAGGCAAAGUAGACCGUGUGUGUUGGUGCCGAGGGGCGGUUUUCGCCUGCUAGCAGCGGUCGCCGUCGGGCGGCGUAGUCAGGCGAGGCAAAGUAGACCGUGUGUGUUGGUGCCGAGGGGCGGUUUUCGCCUGCUAGCAGCGGUCGCCGUCGGGCGGCGUAGUCAGGCGAGGCAAAGUAGACCGUGUGUGUUGGUGCCGAGGGGGGCCGUCGGGCGGCGUGGUCUGGCGAGGCAAAGUAGACCGUGUGUGUUUGUGCCGAGGGGCGGUUUUCGCCUGCUAGCAGCGGUCGCCGUCGGGCGGCGUAGUCAGGCGAGGCAAAGUAGACCGUGCGAGGCAAAG